AGUGGCCUGUCGACAUGUAGCUGAGGAAGAAACGCAGCAUGUUGUAGUGUAGCAGGACCUUCAGUGUUUUUGCGAACUUAGUAAAAAAAAAAAAUGUGGCUCUUCCUUCAUUUAGUUAUAUAAUUUACACAGGACAGUCAGACACUGGUUAUCGGUCUCAAGCAGCACAUCCUUAUGUACCAUGGAGCCUGUAAUGCUUCAGCUUUGGCAGAGAGCCUUUCGCCGCCUCCACAGGACCCUGAUCCUUCCGAAGAGGUUCGACUCAGGCUGUGCUGAGCAGGCAGCCGUCCCUGCUUCCGCGCCCUCCUGUGGUAGAAAGCCCGUACUUCUGGUGUCUCGUCUCUACCAGCCUUCGAACUUACGUGAUGUGACGCAGGACAGCCGGUUGCCAGGGGAGAUGAGCUGCAAGAGCCAGAGGCUCAUGCAGCAGGCUGGGCUUAUUCAUCCAUCCAGCCCAGGGUGCUACUACUACCUUCCUGCCACCAUCCGCUCCAUGGAGAAGCUGGUGAGAAUGAUUGACCAGGAGAUGCAGGGGAUUGGAGGGCAGAAGCUGGACAUGCCCAGUUUGUGCUCGGCCGACCUCUGGAAAACCAGUGAGCGCUGGGAUUUGAUGGGAAAGGAGCUGUUCCGCCUGAAAGACCGGCACGGCGCUGACUACUGCCUGGGUCCCACUCACGAGGAAGCAGUGACGACUCUCAUUGCUCACCAGGCGACUCUCUCCUACAGACAGCUCCCACUGCUUCUUUACCAAAUCACCCGCAAAUUCAGAGACGAGCCAAAGCCGAAGUUUGGUCUUCUCCGAGGGAGGGAGUUUUACAUGAAGGACAUGUACUCCUUUGACGUGAGCGAAGAAGCCGCUCAUCAGACGUACGAGUCUGUUUGCCAAGCGUAUACUCGGCUCUUCGCCAGGUUGGGUCUGCGUUGCGUUCAGGUGCAGGCGGACACGGGAAACAUCGGCGGUAAACUGUCCCAUGAGUUCCAGCUGCCGGCGGACAUCGGCGAGGAUCGGCUUCUGGUCUGUGGGAGCUGCUCCUUCUCCGCCAAUGUGGAGACCAUGUCAUCAGACCAGUCCAACUGUCCACAGUGUAAAACUGGGAAACUGGUAGAGUCAAAGGGUAUAGAAGUAGGCCACACGUUUUACCUGGGUAAGAAGUACUCUCACAUAUUCAAAGCCACCUUCAGCAAUGCCCAGAACAAGCCGGCUGUCGCUGAGAUGGGCUGCUACGGCCUCGGGGUUACGCGAAUUCUGGCGGCAGCCGUCGAGGUGAUGUCAACGGAAGAGGGGAUCCGCUGGCCGGGUCUUAUCGCACCUUAUCAGGUUUGCGUUUUACCCCCUAAGAAGGGCAGUAAGGUGGAUGAGGCAACACUCCUAGCUGAGGAACUGGUCCAAGCUUUGGGAGAAACUCUGCCACAGCUGAGAGGUGAAGUUGUUUUGGAUGACCGCACACAGAUGACAAUCGGAAAGAGGCUGAAGGACGCCAGCAAACUGGGUUAUCCAUAUGUUAUUGUAGUAGGACAGGGAGCUCUGGAGGAAACACCCAGGUUUGAGGUGAUCUGUCAGCAGACAGGUGAGACAGUGUUCCUCAGUAGAGAUGGACUGUUAGAUCUACUGGGAAGAGUGGAAACUGUAUGAGUAACAAGUUUGAAUGUUAGAAUAAAUGUUUCAGUUUGUGGGUGUGAGGUGGUGGGCAUAGAUUAUUCCAUGUUUUCCAAAGCCUUUAUCUACACAUUGAAUAAAUGUUUUUUAAACAAUA